AUGUGCACCUGGCAAAACUUGAGAGCCAACAUCCUUCGCGACACAAUUUACCUUGACGGCGGUCAUAUUUGGUUACAACAAGGAUUUGACGAUGGUUGUGUUAAUUAUGCGGCUGAUAACAGUUUCGAGGGCUACAUCUAUACCCUCGACCUUGGGACUUCGUUCAACACCAGUUCGAAUUUCACCGACGUCCUCCAAAAUCAAACCGUCGCCGGUGGCACUGCCAGUAAUCUGGCCCCCAACUACAUCGACGGUGUGAUGUUUUCAAACGAGAACGAGUUCUAUCUCUAUGGAGGAAUGAUUCCUUUGACGGACAACAGCGAUCCACCGCCUGCUGAUGAGGUCCUCGGAUAUGAAGGUUACCAGUAUGGCGCCUACCGCAACAUUUGGCAGCCCGGUUGGCAUAAAGAAGACCUCCCCACUAAUGUCACGCGGUAUAUCACCAAUGGCGCUGGAGUCUCAUCGCCAAGUGAGAACUUGGGCUUUUACUUCAGUGGAAUGCGCGCUGCGAACUGGGGCGCAUUCACAUACGACCAGUUCAACGCCAACGUCACAGCGGACACGCUGAUAACUGUGGAUAUGUCCAUAAUGGGCAAUUCGAGUUGGACAAACACCACUCUGCCCCCUAACAUCCCUGGACGUGCAAAUGCCGAGCUAGUCUGGGUGCCCGUCUCCGACUCCGGUGUGUUGGUGGCCAUUGGAGGAGUCGUGGACCCAGUCCAGUUCUACCAGAACACCGGACUGAACACCACACAGACCGCGGAGAGCAAGAAGAUCAGCCCGACCUUCAUGGAGACAGUCUCCGUCUACGAUGUCAAAAGUCAGAAGUGGUACAUGCAGAACACGACGGGCGAUACGCCGCCUCAAUUGACGCAGUUCUGCUCUGUCUUGGCUAGCGCAUCGGAUGGCUCUUCGCAUAACAUCUACAUCUAUGGAGGGUACAAUGGUAUUGAUUUGGACAGUGCUGCGUCAGAUGAUGUCUAUAUCUUGUCGCUCCCGUCUUUCACGUGGAUCAAAGCCUACAGCGGCAAUAACACGCACGGGCGUAGCGGGCACCGCUGCAUCAAGGUAUAUCCAGACCAAAUGCUGUCGCUUGGAGGUGUUCAUGUGUCUUCCACCGAUUGUGUGGAAGGAGGAAUUGUUGUGAACUUCAAUUUGAACAAUCUCACCUUUGAGGAGAGCUACGACCCGAAGAAAUGGAGCGACUAUAAGGUACCAGACAUUGUGACAGCGAAGAUUGGCGGAAGCUCCUCGGGCGGUGCAACCACUACCAAGCCCUCGUCAUGGACCAACUCCUCUCUUGCCGCUAUCUUCGACAAGAAAUACUCCAAGACUAUCACCACAUACUGGCCAUAUAAUAGCACAAAUACUACGAGCACCGACACAUCAACCCACAAGAGCGGCGGCCUACCCAAAUGGGCCGCAGCAGUGAUCGGUGUACUCGUUGGACUGUUCGUCGUCGCCCUCCUCCUCUUCGGGUGGUGGUUCUGGCGUCGCCGCCGUCGCCAGCGUCCUGAAAGUGUCACACCUAGCUUCGGCAAGACACCUGGUGCCAGAGAGGCCGAUAGCACAGAAGUGCGUCAAUUAAUGUACGGCAGCGGUCCAACCUCUCCGAUGCCUGGGCCCCAAUCGACAUCGACAGGCCUGGAGUCCAGGGUGAACGAGUCCUCCGUACAAGAUUCCGUGCAAACGUCGGUUUCGCCCCGCACGGUGGAAUCAGGAGGAGGAACAGUAUACGAGAUGCAGGACUCUUCACCCGUUGAACUUGCCACGCCAUACAACGUCGCCUCAGAUACACCCGCUACAUCUCCAGCCUCAACACCAAUGCGGUCGCCAGUUUCGCCAGCAACUCCUGAAGGCGAGACGGCACACUCCACACGUCCAGGGCACUACCGCAGCCCCUCGACAGCGUCCAGCGUGCCCUCCUUGUCAAUUGACAAUGUCAUUACUGGCCGCCAGUCGUAUUUCCAGGAGGCUUUUGAGACGAACAAGAGUGUCUCGAGAGCACGUCAUGGCUCUGAGAUUUCAGAGGUGAGUAUUAGUGAAGAGGAGAGGACAGAGAUCAGGGGCCAGACUAUUCAUGAGGAUGAACUGUAUAUUCGCAGUGGAGUUUAG